AUGAAAUUUGCGAGUCGAGGUUCUGGAAGAUUUCAACCUCUCAUAACGUAUCCUCUUUUUCUCAACUUUAGACGACUGGAACAGUUCUUACCAGAGCGGCGUGCUGAUUGGUAUCCCGAGCAGCUGCCUGUCAUGGACUCGGCUGCGGAUCGGGCUGACAGGGCUCGUGUAAAGGAGGUCAGAAAGGAGCAAUAUACCAUUCACCACCGAUUAAUUGAACUGGAGAACGAACACCAACAGCUCAAUGCCCUUAUUGCUCGUGGGCAAGACUACAGAUUCCAGAUCACAGAUGCCGAUGCGGUGAGUCUCUCGCAUUUACUGUUUUUCGGUACUUGA